UGCGUGAAGAAGAAAAAUGAAACUGACGUGUUUUUUGUUAUCAGCUGACUGUCAGUUUUCAUGUUUUCAAAAGCUUUUACUUUAUCUACCUAGAUUUGAUUAUUUUUUGUAAAAUUUCAGUAUGUCUUUGGAAACAAAAUACAAUUUGAAAAGCCCAGGUGUUAAACGUCUCAUGAGGGAGGCAAAAGAAUUGGCAAAUGCUACAGAGGAAUAUUAUGCAUGUCCACUAGAUGACAAUCUGUUCGAAUGGCAUUUUACUGUCAGGGGUCCCUCUGGUACAGAAUUUGAGAGUGGGUUUUAUCAUGGCAGAAUUUUGCUACCUUCUCAAUACCCUAUGCAACCUCCAAAUAUCAUAUUGCUGACACCAAAUGGUAGAUUUGAAAUCAAUAAAAAAAUAUGCUUAUCAAUAUCCGGACAUCACCCUGAAAGUUGGCAACCAUCCUGGUCUAUAAGAACGGCCCUGUUGGCUCUUAUAGCGUUUAUGCCUACCCAAGCACAGGGCACAAUUGGUUCUUUGGAAUAUACAGCAGAAGAAAGGCAAGUUUUGGCCAAAAAGUCAAGAAACUGGGAGUGUUCGAUAUGUGGAAAAAUUUCGGAUCAAUUGGGCAAUGGAGAGAAUAAUGCUAGUCCCAUGUUGACCCAGGAAGAAAGUUCUAUGAUCCAGAAUAUUGCAUUAAAGGCAGAGGAAGAAGUCAAUCGUAAAGAAGUAAUUGAAUCUAAGACCAUGGCGCACGAUUCAUCUAAUGGUUUAAAUCAGCACGAACAUGAAAUAAGACAAAGGAUAAACUCUGAUCAGGCUAGAUUUGCUGAAAAUAACACUGAAAGCAACAAUGAACAAAGUAUGACUGAUCAACUCUUACAGGAAUCUAUAAAAAAAAGUAGGAGGGAUAAGUUUUGGAAAACUGUUACCUGGAUCAUUAUUUUGACAAUAGUAGUUCUGGUAAUACGAAGAGUUUUCUUCCUGUAGCCACGUGUUCUUCUAAUAUAUAUUUUUUAUUUGGAAAAUAUAACUUAUGAAAUAAUGCAGUUCAAAUGAUUUAUCAAGGCUUUAUAGAUAAUUGUCCAAAAGUAUUUUGAUGUAAAAAGAAAUAGUUGUUAAAGCAUAAUUUAGCUGUUAGUUUUUAGUAUUUUAUUUUCAUCAUCCAUGAAGGUUUUGUAAAAUAUAUUUUUUGGAAAAAAUGUUUUAUUAUUAUGAGGUUGCCUAGCAAUAAACAAAGGUCUCUUUUUUUGCACUAUAGUUUGCUGUAGUCCUUGUGAUGUUAUUUUGUAGACCCAAUUUUUAUUUAAAAUUUGACAAUUCGGGACUAAUCAGAAUAUUACGCAGGGCGUUCCCUGUUACAAGGAUUCAAACCUGGUUUAAAUAACUCAAGUACUUAGCACAAACUGUUUUGUUUUGUUUGUUUUUGCCUGGUGGUUGUAUUUAAAUUUAUGUCCAAAUUAUGUAUAAAUAAAUUUAAAUAAUUCAAUUUAUUUUAGGAUUUUUAAGUAUUUAUUUGUGUUGGACCUUCGUUUUAUUUCUGGUUAGUUCUGUUUAGUGUUAAUUAUUAAUUAAUUAACAAUCAUUUUAUCUGAAAAUCACGUUAACAAUUCGCUAUCCUUGAUAUUUAUAAGCAUGCUAAGUAAAUUUACAUAGAAGUCUUUGAAACCCAUUUAUUGCGCACUGUCAAACAAACCAUUGACAUUUCAAAGUCGUGAAAUUUAAUUUGAAGUUGUAAAAAAUACGUAAACGAGAAAGGAAAAGUUAUUUAGAGUAUGUAAACGCCUGAUAGAGGACGCCGGCAGAAAAACAGUUUUUAAAUUAGAAUUUUGCUUGAUGACAUGAUACAUUUUUCCUAUACUUUUUCUUGUAUUUUUUAUUUAUUAAAAAUUAUUGUUUUGUAAUGUUAAUAUAUAUAUAUAUAUAUAUAUAUAUAUAUAUAUAUAUA